AGCCUAAGCUGCUAAAGGCUCAAAGUUGGCGCGCUGUCGGGUGAUCCACGCGUGUGGGUGCAGGGCGAGGAGGGGCCGGAGAGCCCGAGACAGGGUUUCGGGAUCUCUGUUUGGCCCUUGCGGGCUGCGUUCCUCCAGCGCGCAGUCACGCCCUCACCUGACCAGCGCAGGGAAUUUCCAGUUCCUCACCCCCGCCUUUGAGGGAAAAUGAAAGUGAAAGGAAACAGAGACUUGGUAGGGGAGAUCGCAGCACCAUGAAGCUUCUGCCCCUGCUCGUCGUUGUGGCACUGGGCCUGGCGACCGUGGUGGUCUCGGCUGGACCACAGACGAUUGAGUGCUGGUUCGUGGAGGAUGCAGGUGGGGGUGGCCUGUCCAAGAAACCUGCCACAUUGCUACUGCGCCAUGGACCCAGGGGACCGCCGCCCCGGCCAGAUCUUGACCCUAAGCUAUACUUCAAGGUGGAUGACCCGGCGGGAAUGCUCCUGGCUGCCUUCAGGCGGUACCCCGCAGGCGCCCACGCCCCACACUGCGAGAUGAGCAGCUACAUCCCGUUCCCCGCCUCGGCGAAGUGGGCUAGGGGUCUGAGUCCGCAGCAGAACUGCUCGCGGGCCCUGGACGGGGAUUGGCUGAUGGUCAGCGUAUCCGGCACGGUCUUCAGCCUCUCCAGCCUGCUGCGACCACUGCCGGAGCCUCAGCGGGAGCCUGUCUUCAUCACCAUGGCAACAGUGGUACUGACUGUCCUCACCCGUCACCCCACCCCUCGGAUCCAUCUGGGAAAGGAUGCAGUGCUGGACCUGCGUUUUGCCUACGCGCCCCCUGCUCUGGAAGAUGCUCCCUCUGUGGCCUCAGGGCCUCCUCCCUUUGGGCUGGAGUGGCGGCGCCAGCACAGGGGAAAGGGUCACCUGCUGCUGGCUGCAAUUCCUGGGCUGCUUGAGAAAAUGCCACCAGCCCGAGAAAAGGCUGUGGCAUUUGCUGCUUGGGAUGACGACGAUGAUCCCUGGGGCCCGUGGACUGGGAAUGGGACCUUGUGGCUGCCAGCAGUGAGCCCUUCUCAGGAGGGUGUCUACCUGGCCACUGUACAUCUGCCCUAUCUGCAAGGACAGGUGUCCCUGGAGCUGACUGUGCACAAGCCCCCGAGAGUGUCUCUAACACCAGCACCCAUUGUGUGGGCUGCCCCAGGAGAGGCACCCCCAGAAUUGCUCUGUCUUGUGUCCCACUUCUACCCUGAGGAGGGCUUGGAGGUGGAAUGGGAGCUCAGAGGUGGCCCAGAAGGAAGUUCUAGAAAGGCUGAGGGGAAGACUUGGCUCUCCACUGUCCGUCACCAUUCUGAUGGCUCUGUCAGCCAGUCUGGGCACCUGCAGCUACCCCCAGUCACUGACAAGCAACAUGGAGUUCGCUAUGCCUGUCGGGUCCGCCACCCUAGCCUGCCCUCAUCGGGGCGCAGUGCUGAAGUCACUCUGGAGGUGGCAGGCUUCUCCGGGCCCUCCAUUGAGGACGGCAUAGGCCUCUUCCUGUCUGCUUUUCUCCUUCUGGGCCUCUUCAAGGCACUAGGCUGGAUGGCUGCCUACCUGACCAUUCCUAAAAUCUUAAAGGAGAAGGCCUCAGCUACCAGCCUGACCGUUCCCAAAGACGAAAAGAAGUCAGAGUGAAGACACUGGUCUGUGGAAGCCACCCUCAUCUCUGGUCCAAAUGACUCCAGUAGCCCCUGCCCCAGAACAAGAGAGGGGUGCCUCAUACCCUCUUUUCCCUCCAUUAAAUGGCUCAGGCUCAGGUUUUUUUUUUUUUUUUUUUUAAAUCUUCUUGAUUGUGUUCUUGUUUUUAGACAAGGUCUGAAGGUCUGGCCUGGACCCUCACCAAGCCAACCACGAUGUCCUCGAAGUCCAAGAGCUCCACCUGUCUCUCUUCCUCCAGAGUAACAAGUGGCAUUGGACAUCUUGCCUAAGGGUGUUUUGUUUGCUUGUUUGUGUUUUUUUUUUUUUUUAAGACAAAUCUAGCAUUCUUAACGUUUGGAGGUAGUGGUUCUCAAAAUUUUUGGUUCUAAUACAUGUUUAAAAUGACCAAGAAGCCCAACAAAUUUUUUGUUAUGUGGGCUACAGCUAUUGGAAUAGAACUAAAAUUUUAAAAUGUGGGGGAGAAAAAGCGAGGCUUAGUUAGUGGCACACUCACUUGACCCUGGCAAGGCACGUGGCAGAGGCACGUGGAUUUCUGAUUUCCAUGCCAGCCUGGUCUACAAUAAGGAGUUUCAGGUCAGUCAGGGUGUCCUAGCGGGCUUUGUUGAGAGAACCAAAUACAAGAACAUAUAUUCACAGGUCAAGAAGAACCACUGGGGGUUGAGUGGUAGAGCGCUUGCUUAGCAAGCGCAAGGCCCUGGGUUCCGUCCUCACCUGGGGUGGGGCACUACUGUAUGCCCUAGAGAGGCGGUUCUUAGCCUGUAGGUCAUGACCCCUUUAAGUCCAUCGGGAAUACCAGACAUUUAUUUACAUUAGGAUUCACAACAGUAGCAAAAUCAGUUUCGAAGUAACAAAAGAAUUUUACAACUAGAGGAACGGUGUUAUAGGACUGUAACAUUAGGAAGGUUGAGAACCACUGCCCAGGGAAUUGACGAUAGGGCCACAUAGCAUCUUAGCGUUCUAGGGACCUUUGGGACAACCCACAACAGUAGUCUAGAGACGAAGGGGUCCAUGUGUCGCCUAUGGAGGACUAAUGCCUACCUCUCCAGCCGUCCAUUCGUACCACAGAGUUUCCUUUGCCUCGUCCUUUCACGAGCGUCCCCCGUGCAGUCCACCGGCUGUACUUAAAGGAUGGCUGUCCUCUCCUGUCUGCCGGGCCUCGUGAGCCAAUAAAGUCUUUUAGAGUUUUCA